AUGUCUCUCUUGAACCAGCUUUUCAACAGAGGCGUUUUUGGCACAAAGUGCAAAACAUGUUUGAAUUUGGCUAUUUCACGCAUGAAAUUGCUGCAAAACAAGAGAGAUGUGCAGCUUAAACACAUGCGCAAGGAAAUUGCGCAAUUUUUGCAGGCUGGCCAAGAAGCAAUAGCUCGAAUUCGGGUGGAGCAUGUUAUACGAGAGCAAGACAUAUGGGCUGCGUAUGAGAUAUUGGAGCUGUUCUGUGAAUUUGUCCUUGCACGUGUUCCCAUUAUUGAAAGCCAGAGGGAGUGUCCACCAGAAUUACGAGAAGCUAUAUCAAGCAUAAUUUUUGCUUCCCCAAGAUGUUCAGAAGUUCCAGAUUUAUUGCAGAUCAAGAAUUUGUUUACAGCAAAAUAUGGGAAGGAAUUUGUAUCAGCUGCGUCUGAGCUUCGUCCUGAUUCUGGGGUCAACCGAACUAUAAUUGAGAAGCUUUCAGUUAGUGCUCCCUCUGGAGAGGCCAGGCUUAGGGUAUUGAAGGAAAUUGCACAAGAGUACAAUCUGAAUUGGGAUUCUUCUAAUACUGAAGCAGAAUUCAGUAAAACGCAUGAAGAUCUGCUGGGUGGAUCCAAGCAUGUAAGUGGUGGAGCUGCACCUUCUCAAGCUCCGGCAAAACAAGGCUCUUUUAGUUCUUCACCUUCUAAUGGGGCACACUCUAUUGUGCCUGCAGAUAUUAAACAAGAACCUAAGUACCUUCAUGCUCCAAGACCUUUGAGGGAGACACACACAUCAUACACUAAUGAGAUUCAACCAUCGAUUAAUGAUGAUAAAGCGGCAGCAGUUAGUGAUACCAAAAGGGAGACAAGACCACAAUCAUCUGAGAUCCUGGAGAGAGCUCGAGCUGCCAUUGCCUCUGCUGAGCGUGCAUCUGCUGCUGCCCGUUCCGCUGCAGAGCUGGUUAAGUCCUUGUAG